UUUAUAAAAAUGAAACUUCAGAUGAUAAUAGGUAGUUUGUGAAUUUUUCCUUUUUUAUAGUCAAAACAGAAAUCAGUGGCUCGUCUUGAGAAUGUCUCUCAAACAAACUAAAACCUCACUGUAUGAUCUGUAAUAAUAAUAAUACCAGGCUGGAUAUGAUGGAAAAUGCAUCAGGGUUUUGAUCCUGUGGGCGGAGCCACGUCUGGCUGAGCUCGGUCACGUGCUCGUCUGUAUGGUAACAAGCAAUUCACUACAUUCACCAGGACCACGAUAAAUUAAGAUUUAUUUUUCCUUGUACUUAUUUAGCUUUGAACUGGUGAAUGUAUUAACCUGUAACUUGCGGUUUGAAGGGGCGGAGCUUUGUCUAAUCGUUAUUUCAGAACUGGCACGCGGCUCAUCAUUGCGCGGGCGCGCGCGCUCCCGUCUCGAGGCUGGCUGCGCGCGCACGCUGGGAGAGCAGAGGGGUCUCUCUCAUCCUUGCGGGUGGGACCGCUCACCGUCUGCCGAAGGGCUAUGGAUGCGAGGCGGCUGUCUGGUAAUGACGCGAUGGAGGCCGGUGGAGGAGGCGAGCAGGGAGAGGCUCACAGAGUCAAGACUGAGUGCCUGAGACUGACUGAAGAGAGAGACGAAGCUGAAAGACAGCUUAAGCACAUUAAGAGAGUUUCCCAGAUGGUAAUUGAGGAGGUGAACGUGCUGCAGACUCAGCUUGAGAUUGAGAAGUCCUGUCGGGAAAAUGCUGAAGCACUGGCCACCAAGCUGAACAAUGAGAACAAGAAGCUAAAGUAUCUGAGUCUGUCGUCUCGACCGUGUCUGGAUGAGCUCCUGCCCAGCAUAUCAGACUGCAUCUCUCUGGAGGAGGAGAGCGAUCCACAGGAGCACAGCCCAGACCCCUACACCCAGUACCAGCAGCAGGUCAAAGAUCUUCAGGAAACAGUCAACUCUUUACUGGAGGAAAAAAAGCAGUUAGCCUGUCAGUUACAGGAGCAGCAAAGACAGAUUGAGGAGCUGACAGCACUUACUGAAAAACAGCAAGCAGAAAUGAAGGAGCUUUACAAGACCAUCGAGCAGCAAAGCAAGACCAUCAAGAGAUUCAACAGAGUGUCCAUGAUGGCUGCUAAUGAAUUUGAAGGACUGAAGGAACAGUUGGAUCUGGAGCAGAGCCUGAGGCAGAAGGCAGAGACCUAUGCACAUGAGAUGUUGGUGAAGCAAAAAGAAGCUAACAGGCAGAGCAUGAUUCUCCUGCAGCAGGCAGACCCCAGUGUUCAGCUGCUCAAAGCACUGGAGGAUGUAGCAAACGUAACCAAAACACUGGAGCAGGAACGUCUGCAGCACCAAGAAAAGAUGAAGGCUUUGGAGGUUGAGCUGGAUCAGAGUGCCUUGCGAAAGCAGCUAGAACAGCUGCAGAAGCAGCUGAAGUUACUGGAUGAGGAAAAAAAAGACACAGAAGAACGUCUCCAGCAGGAGGUGAAGAAGUGCGGUGACUUGGAGAGCAGAGUGAAAGAGCUGCAGGAGUCUCAGAGGAAAAGUGAAUCAGCGCCAGCUCCAUCUCCUGGGACUGCACCUCCCCCUGCUCCUCCUCCUCAGCCUCCUCCACCUCCCCCACCUCCUCCUCCCCCUCCUCCACCACCACCUCCCUCCCGCUGCAACCCCCUCAGCUCCCUCAUCGCAAUCAUGAGAAAAUCUUCCAAGGCCGGAAAAGGCUCUCCAAAAUUAGAGCAGGCUCCAGUGCCAGAAGCUGUGGAUGAUGUCAAAGUAAAAGCUGUGAAUGAAAUGAUGGAAAGGAUCAAACAUGGAGUGGUUCUCAGACCUGUGAAAGGACAGGACACAAAGAGAUUUGUUUCAAAGCAAAGUCCAGUUAGUGAGGAGAAGCACCAGGAGAGUGCUAUGGAGGAGCUAAAAGGCAUCCUGGAUGCUGUAAAAAAGAGUCCCAGUCGUGGCUUCCAGGAAACAUUGCCUGUUAAGAAGGACAGUGAACUGGAAGUGAUUCUCAGGAGGAGACGCAAACAGGCCUGUGAACCAGCUUCAGCAAAUGAGGUGGAAGGUCAGAUCAGCAAAGUGUCUUCAUUUGAUAGUCUGAACGGCCGGCACAGUUCAGACUCGGGAAAAGACAUGGACAGGCCAAGCAGCAGCUCUCUCUCAGGGAGUGAUUCCAGCCCCAGAAGCAGCUCCGAUUUGGGCACUGAACCAAAUGGAAGCAAGCAAAAUGCUGCUGUGCGUACACCUCUCUCAGAGAAAGAGAGAGAUGAACUGGUCAUCAAUGGUCCUUCUGCACGAGAUCUUAAGGAUGAGGAGCAGGAGAAAAGUAAACAGUACAGUGGCCUUAGCCACCCACCGCAGCAUGAGGACCCGCAGGUGACUAUCGGCUCCUCAGCAGACAGUACCAACGCAGCAAACAGCAGCAUGGAUGCUGAGUGUUAACAGCAGUGAACGGCACUAGCAGGACAGCUGCAACAUUUGCACAGAAUCUUGUUUUGUUUUUCAAUUUAUUUAUUCCAAAGUCCACAUAUAUUCUUCAGUUCUAGUUACUUACUGUCCACUUAUGGAAUGAAACAGUAUUUACUUUUUCUUUAGAAAUGUAUUUUAACACUUAAAAGGGAACAGGCUCAAUUACUGUUUUGAUAUUAUUACUUGAUCCUAUGGUAAUUAUAUUUGCAAACUAGGUAUGGCCACAAUGAGUACAAUGAACAAAGAUUUCAAAAGCAGCAUAUGAAAUUUCAUAUGGAACACUAAUUCUCUUGUGAAUUAUUGUUCCAUCUCCAUAAGUAGACUGAUAUGGGGACAUUUAAGUAAUUCUAAUGCUUUAUGAUGGGUUACAAUUAUUUGCCUUGAUCUUAUAUUUGGUCACCCAUCUAAAACCUCUUCUUUCAGUCACACAAAUCCAGUGCUGAUUAGUGCUGAACAAUAUGUCCUAAAAUAAUGUUAUGAUUUUGACCGUAAUGAUAUUUUAUCCUGAUAAACACUACACAGUGAACCAGUCUGAGAACAAUACUGCACAUCAAGGCACUUUUGUUGUCCUUUUUGAGGAUUUUUGGUUCAUUCUGUGAACUAUCCUCUUGAGAUGCAAAUAUAAGCCAUGUAAGAGCUCACACUGAUGUGGAUAAGCAUGAAGGAGAAAAGUGAAGGUCUGUUCACUCUACCUCCUCUAAGACAAACUCACCUCCUAGCUAUCUUUAAUUGUACAGCUUCUCUACAUCAUAAAACGUGAACACCCUCAAGGAGUGAAGUGUUUUCCUCUGAUGUCUUCCACCUGUGUUGCCCAACUUUUUGCACUGCAAUGGACGUACAAGGGUACUACAUUUGCUUAGUUAUGCUUUAAUACAAUGUAAGGGUAGAGCUAGGUGUGUUGAGGUUUGUAACCUCCACAGACAAUGCAAUAACAUCUGCAAAUUGUAAUGGUGUGCACUAAACCUAAUGCACAUUGAGGCACUUUUUCCAUCUGAGGUACUGUGGUUCAGUCUGUGACCCAUCCUCAUAAGAUAUUAAUCUUUGCAAAUUGUUACUGUAUCAGCUGUAAAAUAAUUUGCCUGCUGGACUUUCAUUUUUGUUUCAACACCCAUUGAGAACUAGUUUUAAUAUAUAUGGCACAUUAAAAUACUCCUCUCUAACAAUUUUAGGAUACAUUCUUCUGGAAAAAUGACCUAUUAAUUAGUCAGCACCUUUGGAAUGUUUACUGGCCUUAUUGUGACACCAUUCGUUCCUCUUCAGCCUUAUUGGCUUAACUUUGUAGGCUACAAUGAAUUUAGAUUAUCUGACUGUUGUGAUCAUAUGUGUGUGAGUGUGUGUUUUUAAAAUGAGUGCACCUUUUCAUCUGAAACCAUGUCAUUCUGCUGCACCAUACCUUUUAAACUGAACUGAAUAAAAAUGAAGAUACAA